AUGGGAACAGAGCCAGGACAGCACCUGAUGGCACCCGAUGGGCCCCUUGUCUUUUCUGGCUCGAGCCCAGCUGACGUGGGCUUCGCCCGCACCUUCUGGACCUCAGUCAUGCUCCCGCCACCACUCGAGUCCCGUAUAGGCCCUGCCACCCUGCAACGUGAGGGGACCCUGCCCGGGAAGGGACCCUGCCCUAUGGACAGUGGCAGUAGGACCGCUUGGUCAUUUGCCUCUCAUUUGUCUUAUUUAGAAAGUGAAAAAAACAGUGAGAAAGAGAGACUCUUGGAAGCUCAAAGCAUGGAGAAAACUAAAGUAAAGGAAAAAUAUCUUCAGCAGGCCAGGAGAAGAGAAGAAAUACUAGCUUUCCUAAGGAAACAGAGAGAAGAAAGGAUUGCAAAAGAGCUGAUUUCUCAUCCCCAUAAACCAAGGAUCAAAACUGAUCAAAUAAGGUAA